AUGACUUCCAAAUCAACUAUUAUAUUUCUCUUGUUUGCAAUUUUCUGCCUAUUGAAUCACGUCAGCGCAAAAAAGCCUAUCGGCGCAGUCAAAAUUGUUCUCGGCGAUCCGUAUGUUAAGUUAUGGGUCGAUGGAAAUCCUAAACAACAGUCGAAAGUUGUACGGGACAGCUUAGACCCUAGUUUUGGUCAAAAUUUUUUCUUCCUUCUCUAUCCAGGUUCUCAAAAGCUUCAUUUUGAAGUUCGAGAUCGUGAUCCUGGUCACAAAAAAGAUGAUCUGCUGGGCAAGUCUGUGAUUGAUUUGGACGGCUUUUGUACACCCGCCCCAUCAUGUACUGACACUGCGUUCGCCGUGUUAGAUGGUAAUUCCUCAAGAUACCUCUUCGUGACCAUUACGAAGCUCAAUUAA